GUCAGUAGGGCGGUGGUCGAACGUGCUGUUAGGAGCGAUGUCGGGCCGCGGGAAGCAGGGCGGGAAGGCGCGCGCCAAGGCCAAGUCGCGCUCGUCGCGGGCCGGGCUGCAGUUCCCCGUGGGCCGCGUGCACCGGCUGCUGCGCAAGGGCAACUACGCGGAGCGGGUGGGCGCCGGCGCCCCGGUGUACCUGGCGGCCGUGCUGGAGUACCUGACGGCCGAGAUCCUGGAGCUGGCGGGCAACGCGGCCCGCGACAACAAGAAGACGCGCAUCAUCCCCCGCCACCUGCAGCUGGCCAUCCGCAACGACGAGGAGCUCAACAAGCUGCUGGGCAAGGUCACCAUCGCGCAGGGCGGGGUGCUGCCCAACAUCCAGGCUGUGCUGCUGCCCAAGAAGACCGACAGCCACAAGGCCAAGGCUAAGUGAGCCGGCCCCGAGGAAACGCGCAGAGCAGCGAAGUGAAACCCAAAGGCUCUUUUCAGAGCCACCCACAGUCUCGAGAAAGAGCUCGGAAUGCGGCGA